CCAAUAUAUAAACUCCAUCUCCCUUGAAAGAAUUCAUCCCUCCUCUUUCGCUCUAAUUUCCCAAAUCUUUCAUUCUCCCUCUCAAAUUUCUCCAUUUUCAACCCAAAGCUUUUCUCUCUUAACAAUGGCUCGUACAAAGCAAACUGCCAGAAAAUCCACCGGAGGAAAAGCUCCAAGAAAGCAAUUGGCCACCAAAGCCGCCAGAAAAUCUGCCCCAGCCACCGGUGGAGUGAAGAAGCCACACAGAUUUAGGCCUGGAACUGUUGCUCUUCGUGAGAUCAGGAAAUACCAGAAGAGUACUGAGCUUCUCAUCAGGAAGCUUCCAUUCCAGAGGCUUGUUAGAGAAAUUGCUCAAGAUUUCAAGACGGAUCUUCGUUUCCAGAGUUCCGCUGUUGCUGCUCUUCAAGAGGCUGCAGAGGCUUACUUGGUUGGUCUUUUUGAGGAUACUAACCUCUGCGCCAUUCACGCUAAGAGAGUUACUAUUAUGCCUAAGGAUAUCCAGCUUGCUAGGAGGAUUCGUGGUGAGAGGGCUUAAUUGGUUAGGUUUUAGUAGGUAUUGGAUAUUAUAGUAUGUAAUUGUGGAUCUUGUUUGUUACUAAGUUGUUUAGUAGUUACCGAUGCAAUGUUCUUGAUAUAUUCAAUGAAAAUGCUUCGUUUUCUCA